CUCGUCGUCUCAGUUGAAUCAGCGAGUCAACACCAACGAGUGUCAUUCUACCUCCGCACAGACAAGGACGCAUGCACAUCCAAUAGCUUGCAAAAAGAGAAAUUGAAUCACGCAUCUGUUGAUCUAAUGCGAAUUCUGUUUCCAAAAAACCCCUCUGAAAUUUUCCCUAAUUUGAAUGGAAGCCCUAACCCUAAAACAUAUCCCCUCUGUGAAUCUUCCAAAUGUGGCCGUCUUUGGAUCCUUUAUCCAUAUCAACAUUUUUCUCUCUUCUUCUUAUCUGGAGCGAACUUUAAUCUCUCCGUUGUUUUAUUGGUCUCGAAGUGACUAAGCAAUUUAUUUUAGGUUUACAAUCAGUUGGAGAGUUUAAAAACUACACUAUAUAUACAUUAUUCUUUAUAGAAAAGGGAAGAAAAUAAUUUUUUUAAAGGGAAGUAAGAGAUGGAGAGCUCUGACGCAGAAACAGGCAUGGUUGAUUGCGGUGUUGGGACCAUCGUUUGGGUUCGGAGGCGGAAUGGGUCGUGGUGGCCGGGUAAGAUCCUGGGCCCCGAUGAGCUCUCUGCUUCUCCUCUCAUGUCUCCCCGAUCUGGAACUCCUGUCAAACUUCUUGGGAGGGAAGAUGCCAGUGUGGAUUGGUACAACCUAGAGAAGUCGAAGCGAGUUAAACCUUUCCGCUGUGGUGAGUUUGAUGACUGCAUCGAGCGGGCGGAAGCUUCACAGGGAAUGCCUCCAAAGAAAAGAGAGAAAUAUGCACGUAGGGAAGAUGCUAUCCUUCAUGCGCUUGAGCUUGAGAAGCAAGUGCUGGAAAAGAAAUAUGGGAAACUAGGUGUCCAAUCUAAUAAUACCAAGUUAGUAGGAAAAGACACAACUAUAACUCCAGAAUUAUCACGUGACAGUGGUAAACAUGUGGAUCUGUCUCUUGAUGACAAAAGAAAGGGUCUUUCCUUUCAGUCAAGGAGUCACCUGAAUGUAGAUGAUGUACCUGUACGUCCUAUUCUUUUCAAGCAUAAACUCUCUUCCUUGGCUGCUUCAAAUGGUUCCCAUAGGAAUGCUUCAGAUGUCCUUACACCAGAAAAUACGGUUAUUGUCGGUAGUAAAAAGUUGUUGGAGAAAAAAAGGAAAAGGUCACAAGAGGGGAAUAUGGAGGAAUCAGUUGGUAAGAGGCGUGACAGACAUCGUCCUCUUGUUCAGGUACUCCUGAGUAGUGCAAAACUGCCCCACCAUGACCACACUCACCCCUUGCAGUCAAAGGCUGAUGGAGGGGAGGAGCAGAGAAAAGUUGUACACCGUGCAGCGGGUGGCAAUGAUCCAGGUGACACUAGAGAAGCUAUCCCUGACCAAGUGGAAAAUUCAGCACCCAAGUUUGAGAAAAGGAACGAGUCCUUCCCUGUUGCAUUGAGUGAAGAAAACACUACUGAAUCUAAUGAAGACACUGAAACUGAUUCUUCUGGCACUGAAUCUCUGAUGUCGGACACAUAUGACGCAAUGGCUGCAUUUUCAGAUGAAGCUGAAGAUGUUGAAUUCAUACCAAAAGCAUUUGGAAGGCAAGGGGUACAUGAGGAGAGCAUGAGUGAUGAUGAGUCAGGAGGAGUUCCUGAUGAUACCGUAGCAACAGUCUCCAAAUGGCAGCUGAAGGGAAAAAGGAAUAGUCGCAGUUUGAGGAAGAGAAAGGUAGCUACAAAUUCCAGCCACUGGAUGCCGGGUUUCAAUGGAAUUGACACAAGUUUAAGUUUGAGAAGCGAAGCUAGUGGAGGCUUGUUAGACAUGUUGAGUUGGGAUGAUGAUCCUGAUCCUUACCCUUGUUGUUUGAAGGGAUACUCAUACUCAUACUCAUACUCAUACUCAGGUGAGUACCAAAUAUACGAUGACGAUGAUGAUGAUAAUGAUGAUGACGACGAUGAUGUGAGGAGGCAUGGGACCCGGAUGUUGAUUGAUGUUGAAGUAGGAGUGCAAUCAAGUUAUCAGAGAGAACAUGUGCCCAUGAUUUCCCUGAUGAGCAAAUUGAAUGACAAGGCCAUAGUGGGUCACCCUAUUCCAGUAGAAGCCGUGGAAGAUGGUUCAUCUGAUGAUAUGUUCCAAAUGGAAUCAUUAUUAUUAUUAGGUGGUGGUGACACAAGUGCGCCGCUUCAACCAUGGAGGACCGCCAGGAGGACCGCCAAGUGUCGGGGGGUUGCACUUGCACGGCCGCCUCAAUUUUUAUCAACAUUAGAGGAAGAAGAAGAAGAAGAGGCGGUGGCCUCCUUUCAGUUUCAGGAGUAUUAUGAUGAAGAUGGAAAAGCAAGUGUAAAUCGCAGCAACAGCAAGGGAAGAAAGUGGGCUGCACCAAAAAAGCCACAAAGGAGGACCACCUCAUCUUGCAGCAGUCAGAAAAUAAGGACGUUAUCAUCAAUAGGUGGGACCCAGCAGCAGCAGCAGCAGCAGCAGCAGCACAAUAUGGAUUUGAAAGCAGAAGGUGAACAAGGGAUAGGAAUGAUGAUGAUGAUGAUGAUGAAACCAGAGUCAUUGCCCACAGCAGUUGCUUGUAUCCCUGUUAAAUUAGUGUUCAGUAGGUUACAUGAGGAGCUGGUUGCCCCCCGCCAUCAAUAA